AUGGCGAUGGUGACACAGCUGUCCUCAUCGAUCUCCCGAACGCCGACCUCCCACAAACACCAGGCAGCUCAUCCGCCGUCCCUGUCGAGAGCCAGCCCUCGUCCUUGGCGCUGUGAAGCACCGCGUCUUUCUGCAGCUGUCGUCUCGCUGGCCGUCACGUCCGCCAGCGCGUCGCUCGGCGUUUUGAACGUUUCGAGGCUCUGGGGAAGGGCCGGCCGCCGCUCGCGGGGUUCACGAGACUCGCGAGGGUCGCGCGCAGCUGUCGUCGCAGUCUGCGCGGCGAACGAGGCAAAGUCCGAGCUCUUGGAUCUCCUUUCGGGGAACUGGGAUUCGAGCCGCGUGAAUGCCGCACAGCGGGUGGAGGACCUCGUUGCAGAGCUGGUCACGUCCUUUGAUAAGGAGAAGCUCAAAAGUGAGGAUGCCCAGAAGCUCCUGGCUGGACGGUGGAAGCUGCUGAACACCUUCACACCGGGCCAAGCGGCGGCAAACUUGUUCAGCUUGAAAAGCUGGCAGGAGUACGUCUUCGGCAAGGGACCCUCUCCAGUUCAGGCUGCUGCCUUCACCAACAGCGCCGUCCAGAAGGUCUACCAAGCCCUUGACCUCACUGCGACGCCUGGUCGAUGGUACAACGUCAUCGAUGCCUCCCCACUUGGGAUCAUCUGCCUUGAGGCAGACCUGAGCACGGAGGAGUCGGACCUGCGCUUCCAGUGGACCGGGGGCCGCAUCGUCAUUCGAAGGCCGCCAUGGGCAGACCGCGACCUCGAGGAGCCUAUUUGUUUACCCUACCCGGUUCCCUUCAAGCUUCUUGGUGAUCGUGCACGCGGCAUCUUUGAGACGGACUACCUCGAUGAUGAUUUACGAAUUUCGCGGGGCUCCAAGAGCGGGAGCGUCUUUGUCCUGGCCAGGGUGCGAGAUCCAUUGCCCAUGGAAGACGAACUCUACGACCUUGCCUGA